AUGACCCGGACAGGAUCCCAGAUCGAGACCGAUGCCAUUGUCAUCGGGGGCGGCUUUGGAGGAUGCGACUCGCUCUACAAGCUCCGCAACCUCGGCUUGUCUGUCAAGUUGAUCGAGGCCGGCAGUGCUUUCGGCGGCGUCUGGUUCUGGAAUCAUUAUCCUGGUGCCCGCGUGGACACUGAAAUGCCCUCUUAUCAGUUCAACAUCCCCGAGGUCUAUAAGGGGUGGAACUGGUCCGAACGAUUCCCGGGCGAUGUCGAACUGCGCAGAUACUUCCAGCAUGUGGACAAUGUCCUUGGUCUAAGCAAAGACACCUUCUUCAAUACUAUCGUCACCCGGGUCCAGUAUAAUGAGACCUCCGGCCGCUGGACUGUGCGUACCAAUACCGGUCUGACUGCGACGUGCAAGUAUGUUGUCGCCGCCACGGGUUCUUCGUUUAAAAAGCACUACCCGCAGUUCAAGGGCUUAGACAAAUACGUCGGAAAUCUUGUCCAUGCCGCAGAUUAUCCCGAGUCUCUUGACGUGAAGGGGAAGCGGGUAGGCAUUGUCGGAAACGGCGCGUCCGGUCUUCAAAUCGUGCAGUCUCUGGCCAAAGAAGACUGUGAGCUGAAUGUAUUCAUUCGCACGCCUUGCUUUGCGAUUCCCAUGAAGCAGCGCAAGAUUGCACCAGAGGAAGCGGAGAUGAUGAAGGGCUACUACGAUGGGAUCUUCGACCGCUGCUACAUGUCUGCCAGUGGCUUUCCCCACAAUACUCGUUUUCAGUCGGCUCUCCAGGCAACCCCCGAGGAAAGGGAGGAACUGUUCGAUGAACUCUGGGCUCGUGGUGGAUACAGCUUCCUGGUCUCAAACUACUAUGACUUCCUCCUUAAUGAACAGGCCAACACUAUCUUCUAUAACUACUGGGUGCAGAAAGUGCGCGCUCGUAUGACAAACCCGGAGAAGAUGGACCUGGUUGCUCCCCUGAAGCAGCAUAUGCUGGUCGGCACGAAGCGGCCCAGCCUGGAGCAAGACUAUUAUGAGAUGAUUGACCGUCCGAACGUGGUUCUACACAAUCUGAAGCAGUCGCCUAUUUCUGAAUUCGACGCUACUGGAGUUGUUCUUGGCUCCGGGGACAGCGUACAGCAUCACGACUUGGACGUGGUCAUCUUCGCGACUGGAUACGAUGCUGUCACUGGAAGUCUCCUUGAUCUAGCAAUCACCGACAAGAAUCAGCAGCCACUUUCCGAAAAGUGGAAGGAUGGCGUUCUCACGCACCUAGGCAUGAUGGUUCCGGGAGCACCUAACCUGUUUAUGGUGUAUGGUCCUCAAGCCCCGACAUCCUUGGCUAAUGGCCCUCCAUUCAUUGAGAUGCAGGUGGACUGGAUCUGCAAGGUGAUUCGGAAGAUGCAGAAAGAAGGACUGGAAUCCAUCGAACCCACGCAAAAAGCUGCAGAGGCUUGGCGCGACCAGGUACACGCUGUCAGCCAGCACACUUUGUACCCCAAGACUGAUUCAUGGUACAUGGGAUCGAACAUUCCCGGCAAGAGAAGAGAGCCGCUGAUUUACUUGGGUGGCAUUCAAAGCUGGUGGAAGAGUUGUACGGAUGCAUUGGAGAUGUGGGAUGGGUUUCAUACGUCGUCAUCGAGAUAA